GUCAGAGAUGCAUUCAUUCAUCAAUGAGUGCGUGGAUUCGGUGCAUGUCGACAUGUAUUGUAUGCACCUUUGUCCAUCCACGACUCGUGUACAGUCAACGCCAUGUGCCAUAGCAGACCAUGCAGGUCACAAAGAUAACACAGCGCACUCCAAUCGACACGUACGCACCAUCAUUAUGCAAGGCUCAGUCCCGGGACACAUUAGUCAUUCUUCCUCCUCUUCUCCCGUCUUAUCUUGAUCCUUCUUGCCCCCAAGCAGGAAGUCGCUCGAGUAGUCUGGCUUAAGGUCGAACCCGCCAAAGCCCCCGAACGCCCGGCCCCUUGCGAACUGCCCCACACGCACCCUCACCGCACCUCGCCUCGCCCCGCCGCCUCGACCCCCCGUCGCCGCCUUGCCGUCAUCAACAGCCAGUUUGAGCACGUGAUCGGGCGCCUUCUCGUCGCCACCUUCUGCAGCAGGGGCGGGGCGAGGGGCGUCGCCGGCUCCCUCGGCUGUUUGCAUGAAGGGUAGGGGCUCGUGAUUGGAUGAUACAGCUGGGGGCCGACGUGCCGGCUUGUCGUCGGUCUCGUCGUCGUCAGCGUCCAUGUCCAUCUUGUAUUGGGGAUGGGAGGGGUCGGUGUCCGAUGCGCCAGCAGGGGCGGCGGCAGACGCACCAGCGGCCGCUGCCUGUCCACCACCAGAUGCAGCUGCUGCAGCUGGGCGUGACACCAGCGGCACGGACGCGCUAUAGAAGGGCAUGCGGGCAAGCUGACGCUCGAUGCGAGCACGAAUCUGAACGGACACAAAAGGCAAAAUGAAUGAAGGGAAGAGGGGAGCUUCGUCUUCCUCUUGGUUGUUCGUUCGUUGCGCACCUUCGCAGCCAUCUUCUCAUCCACAGGUUCCCUUUUGACCUCCUCGGCCUUCCUCUUCUUGCGCCGCUCCUCCCUCUCCUUAUCGGCAGCCUCAGCCUCCUCAUGGCCACCUUCCCUCGCCCUCCGACGCCCCCUGCCCGGCCCAUCGGCCGACCGCCCCCGACCUCUGCGAGCCGGCCGACCACGCUGCGCAGAUGGCCCAGCCGCAGCAGCGGCAGGUGUCGACGGCUCUGCCCUGGCGCGGCGAUUCCGUCGAGGCGGUGGAGGUUCGUCUGCCUCGUCGUGGUCGCGUGCAUCGGAUCCCUCCAGGUCGGACGGUGAACGUCCCAGCUCGUGGAACAGCUCUGAUCCUGAAUCGAGGAAGUCCGAAUCGCCUGCAUCGGACUCGUCGUCAGAGUCCGAUAGGGUGUCCACCAAGUGAGCCUCAUCCACAAAACGCUGCGUGUCCAACAUGACAAGAGCACAACAGCCAUUUUGUCAAAGGUUCGUCGAUGCCAUGCAUGUGUGUGGUUGUUGUGUUCUCUAUCCCUCGCUCCUCACCCAGCUCUGUCGGCGUCCAGCGUUGGUGUAGCAGGCCAUAGCGAUGAACCGCUUCUUGCACUGAGGGCAGCUGUUCUCCUGGCUAGCCCAGGUCUCGAUGCACUUGUAGUGGAAAGCGUGCGGGCAAGUGUCGAUGAGGCCCAGGCGGAAGUCUCGCCGCGAUGUGCUGCUGCCGCGGACGACAUCGCCCUCCUCGAAAUCGAGCAAACACACACCUAACCGAACCAGAUCAGCAAGUUGACAGCAACACGAAAAACAGAAGUGAUGGAUGAGUCGGUUCCCGACUCGCGUCUUCCUUCCUGUUCGCUUUCGUGCACUCACCGCAUGGCUGUUGUCUACAUUUGAGCCUCUCUUGGUCCAGCGUCAAUGGGAAGACCCUCUCUUCCAUCAGCAGGUUGGUCUCAUCCACAUCCUUCUCCCCGCCAUCGCUCUUCUUCUUGGACCGCUUAUUGUGACGCGCCAUCGGCUCCAACGGCUCCGCAGCGGCGCGAGGAACGCCUCUC